AUGAAGAGCUCCGUGUCCCUCUCCCUCCUGUCAGGAGCAUUGCUCCCCUUGGUAUCAAUUGCCUCAGCAGCAGGUAUUCCAAGCGGUCCCGCCAAGACGUACGCAGACUGCCAGAAGAAGACCUGUAACCCCCUUGAGGGCUGUCCUCCUGGCACUCUCUUCGUCAGCAAGUCCUCCCCAAAGGCAAACUUCACCACUAUCCAGGCCGCCAUUGCGUCUCUUCCCAAUAACACGGACGCCUACACAAUCCUUAUCGCCCCGGGGAACUACACCGAGCAACUCAAUGUCACCCGUGCGGGUCCCUUGACCCUCUUGGGCAUGACAGACCGGCCAGCCUCUGACCGCCUGUAUGCCGAUGUCAACCUCAACACAACUUCCUCAAACCAUAACGAGGUCCAGGUGUGGUGGAACGCUGCCAACCACGAUGCCAUCUUCCCGGACAACGUCUUUACGAGUGUGCUGACUGUUGGCCCCAACCUGAACGCCACUUAUACCGGUUCCGGUCCGACGGGCUUUCCUGUGCCAGAAGGCACACCUUUCGGAUGUGUCGACUUCCGCGCCUACAACAUUGACUUUAGGAACGAUGAGUUCCCGCGGUCUAAUGGCCCUGCCCACGCUGUUGGCGUUAGCAGAGCCAACGCGGGCUUCUACUCCUGCGGCUUGUACAGCUACCAAGAUACGUUGUACGUUGGCAAGUUGGGUAACGCUUACUUCUACGACAACGUGAUUGCUGGCCAGACAGACUUCCUGUACGGUUUUGGCACGGCGUACAUCGAGAAAUCCACGCUUUCGCUGCGAAACUGCGGCGGUGGAAUUACGGCAUGGAAAGGAACAAACACCACUUUUGAGAACAAGUACGGAGUCUACAUCUCCGACUCCCAGGCUAUCGCUGCCAACUCAUCUAUUGCGCCCAUUAUUAAGGGUGCCUGCCCUCUUGGCCGUCCCUGGAACGCGCAGCACCGCUCCAUCUUCAUGGAGUCCUACUUUGACGCGAGCAUCAAGCCCCAAGGGUACAUUCCAUGGGGAUCAACGGACCCGCGCACAAACAACUUCACGUUCAUGGCGGUGUACAACGAUAGGGGCCCUGGCUGGACGCCUGAUCAGAUGGCCGCUAGCGGUGUCACAGUUGUGCUAAACGAUAAGGGAGUUGAGCCGUACAGAAACCCGGUUGAUGUGUUCCAAACCGAGGAUGGCAAGCCCGGAUUCGUCUCUUGGAUUGACCAGAGUGUAUUAAGAUCAUAG